CGCUGGAACGCGAAAGUCGUCGACGGAGAAAAAACGGUGCGGAUGAAAGUUUCGAGGCGAACUGGGAAGAGUUUUGAAAAGCGCAGGCGUGCAACGGUUUUUGUUUGUUUUUUUUUUUGGGCUUGAGCUACGCUCUGUGGCGAGCGGUGAAUGGCAGCCGUUUUUUUUCGAGUGUGGUGGCUGAGUGGCAAACAAAACGCAUUUCGUGCAUAAUUUGUGGAAUUUUACACGUUGUAAAAUCAAUUUAGUUGUGCAAAUUCGAAUUUUUGCCUGCUUUCCGUUAGCUUGCAGCUUGGGCAACAGCUGAAACAUAAUGCAGCCACAUCAAGCGCGCAAGCAAUAAACAAAUAGCCAAAAAACCAAGAUAAAUUUAACACAAAAUAAGUAACCACACCACAUUUGAAGAGUCAACAGCAAUUACAAGGCACCAAAAACCGGAGGAAGAGUGAUCUCUCCGGGAUCAGGAUGUCGGCCGCCACGCACAUGGCCAUGCCGGCUCACGCCGUCGUCCCGCCGCCCGGUACUCCGCCUGUGCUGGGGGGCAGCGGGUGCUCCAAUCUCAGCCUGCCGGCGGGUAAGCGUGGCCACAAGCGCAGCGUUUCGCUGGAGAACAAUGCACCGCUCGCACUGCGCAGCACACCCAGCUUGGGCCAAUCCUCGCUGGGCUCGCCGCUGCUGCAGUUUGGCCAGGCUCAGGGGCAAGGACACGCGCAGGGCUUCCACACGGGCACUUUGAAGUCGCGCCAGGAGCAGCGCCGUCUCAGCCAGAAGUUCGGCAGUCACAGCAACUUGGAUGACGAGGGUGUGGGCAUUGGUGUGGGCAUGGGUGUGGGCAUGGGCAUGGGCAUGGGCCUCCAGAUGCGCAGCAAGUUCCAGAAUAUACGACAAAUGUUCGAGCUGAGUCGCAGCUGUGUGGGCGGCGGGGGCGGCGAUGGCAGAGGGGGCGGGGCCGAGGAGGAGGCAAUGCAAUCUCUGCCAGCAACAUUGCCGCAGCAGCAGCAACAUCAGCAGCAACAUAAUCAGCAGCAGCAGCAGCAGAGGCGCACCACGCCCAUUGCCGGCGGAAGUCGCCACCAGCAACAGCAACAGCAACAAAUGGGCGAGGCGGAACAGACCAGCGGCAACUUUCUGCGACCCAUUGCCUUCAAGCCCAUUCCUUUCGAGCCGGACUACCGCAUCGCCUGCCAGCAGCAGCAGCAGCACCAGCAGCAGCUGCAGUUGCAACAACAGCAGCAUCAGCAGCACCAGCAGCAGCAGCAGUUGCAGCUGCAACAUCAACAGCAGCAGCAGCAGCAACAGCAGCAACAACAUCAUCAGCAUCAGCAGCAUCAUCAGCAGCAGCAACAACAUCAGGCGCUGCAGCUGUCGACGGAGGGCGGUCAGGCGGGGGGCGGGGCCGAGCGGUACGGCUACGGUUCGACGCCGUCACUUGCCCCACUGCCCACCGCAUCGGCCCAGAAAUUUGGCAGCACCACUGACCUACGACACUUGGCCGCUCGGCGUCGAAAUCAUCGCCUGCUGCAGCGCUCCAGCAACGAGGACUCCCUGACCCUUGACCUCUUGAGCACUGGCAGCCACGACAGACCCGAUGGGGCCAGCAGCAAGAGCAGCGGCACUGUGGUGGGCAGCAGCGAUUUGACGCCCUCGCCCUCGGAUUCUGGGAUCUCGGAACUGGAGGCGGCGCUGAAGGAUCGCGACUCGGAGCUCUCGUACCUGCGACAGGCCAUGGAGCACAAUGAGAAAGUAAUUUUCCAAGUUCAAAAGGACAAGGAGGUGUACUGGGAGCACGAGACGCAACGACUGCGGCUCUUCUACGAGGGUCAGCAGCGGGAGUGCCAGCUGAAGCUGCGCAAGAUGGAGCAGCUACUCGGACUGCAGCAGUUCCAGCUGAAGCAGCACAAGCUGCGCCAGUCGGAGCAGGUAAACCGGCUGCAGCAGCAGCUCGAUUUGGCCAGGGACUCCAGCCAGGGACUGCAGCAGCAGGUGGACGCACUGCGUCACCAGCUGGAGGACAGCGAGUGGCGCGUCUGCGAGCGCAACGGAGAGAUAGCUUUACUCAAGACGCAGCUCAAGGAGGCGCAUCUGGAAAUCAACAUGAAGGAUCAUGCGAUUGUCAGCCUGAAGCACAGCAGCAACAGGAGCAGCAGCAACAGCAGCAGCAGCAGCAGCAACAAGUCCUGUGACACAAACACAAGCCAAAGUCAACCAAAGCAGCAGGCGAAGGAGGAGCAGCAGCCACAGCAGCCAGAGUUGCAGCUGCAACAGAAACAGCAACAGCAGCAACAGCAGCAGCCGCAGCCAAUGAAGCAACAAAACCAGCCCGACCAGCAGCAACUGCAGAAGAUCAUCACCCUGAAGGAUCAGGUGAUUGGAGCGCUGACCAGCGAGCUGGCCAAGUUGCGCAAGGAGCUCUCCGAUCUGGCCAUUGCCCACGAGUACGGCGAGGAGCCCUGCGGCCGGUACACUCGCCUCAAGCAGCAGUUGGACAACCUGAACGAGAUCUGCCAGAAGACGCGCAAGUACACAACAACAUCCGCAUCCCCAGCAGCAACUGCAGUAGCAGCAGCACCACCAGCACCACCAACACCAACUGCACCACCAUCAGCACAAGUAGCACCUAGCUGCGUCCAGGAGCUGCCCAAGCUGGAUGUGCUGGUGCAGCGACUGCAAUUGGAUCAGGGACAGGGUACGCAGCAAACGCUGGACACGCUCAUCGAGGAGUCCACCACGUACGCGGAGGAUAUAGCCAAGCUGCGCCAGAAACUGGACGACUUCCGUCUGAAUCUCGAGCUGGAGAAGCGUCAGUGGUGCGCCGAGAAGGACAAGGUGCUGGGCUACCAGAAGCAGCUGCAGGCCCACUAUAUCCACAUGUACCAGAAGCUGCGUUGCCUGGACAGCGUCGGAGCAGCGACUGGCCAGGUGGAGGCCACCACUGGCAACUGAGUGGAGCUGGGAACUAGGGGCAAUGGUGCUAUCGUCGCUGGGAUAACAAACUUGGGAAGCAAGUGGAAAACAGUCUUUAAACUGCUUUAAACUACUUUCUUCCUUUCAACUGAUCAAAGUAAUAUUUUAAAAACAUUUAUUUUUUAUAUAGCCAAAAGCAGGACUGAAAAUGCUCUUUUGCUAUAAAAAUCACUUCUAUAAGUUGUUUGCUCUUAAAUUAAAUGGUAUCAUUAAAAGUAAAAACCAGUGAGUUGAAACGUUUCCUUCCCUCGGCGAUAAAUAAUACACGAUUUUCGAUAUUACUAGAGUUGUACACAGAUGUACAGAGAACUCUGAUGAAUAUUUAUACAAGAUAUGCAUAAUGAAUUUUUUGUUUUUAAUAUUUUACAAAUAUAUAUAUAUGUAUUCUUUUAAUUUAUUAAAUGUAAUUAUAAACGAGAAAAAAAAAACAUUUGUGAUUUCGCAUGUUGAAUAUAAUAAUAUAUAUUGAUAUAUGUAUGUCGUUCCAUUAUGCAUAUGCAAUAAAAAAUGAUAAUAAUGAAAUAACAAUAAUUUGCUUUAUUGAUGAGGACCAGCGCUACAACUAAUGUGCAGGAUCGAUAAAUGGUAAAUGACUCAACUGGAAGCUAAACAUAAGGGGUAAUUGGUAUUUAACAUAAUAAAAAAAAUAUAAAAUUAAUACAAUCGUUACUCGUAGAUUACAUAGUAUGCUUAAUGCAAAGGCCUGUCCUCGGGAUCAUCAUCUUGUCAAGAGCAGGGUAACUAACUUCGUAACACUAAAGUGGAUCGAUUUGUUUGAUAUGAAAACUAAACGAAUAAAAUAAACCAUUAAAGCAAAUCAGGGCGUGGUAUAUGGGCUUCUGUUUGAAAUUAAAAAUGUUUCUAUGGCGCAACACAUAAAAAGUCAAUUAUCAGUCAAACAUUAAAAAAACAAAAUAAAAUGAAAAUUAAAAUAUCAAUAUAUCCAAUAUUGUUUCCUCAGUUCUCAAUUAAAUUUUGGUUUGGAAAAUGGCUAAAGAAGCUCAUAAAAUAAGCAAAGCGAAAUAUUUUCAUUUUUUACAAUAAAUUGUUUUAACAAAAAUGAAGUAUUCGUUUUCUCGAUUUUGUUCGUUUUCAAUGAAGUUAAGUGGUUAAUUCCAAAUGUUUUCUCUUAAAGUGAAUAAUAGUGGUACAAUUAACAUUUGAUUCUACAAUAUGUUCUGAAAGCACGAAUUUUUUAAUACAAAACUUAAAUUUGUUGUUCUUCGCAUUGUUAUAGCAUUGCUUACAUUUUUCCGCUUAUUGGGAAAACAAAAGGAAUUAAAUUUCUUUACACUUUUCUUGCGAAAUUGAAAUGUUUUCUUAUAAAAAUAUGUAUAUGCCUUUAAGUAGUCAAUUGGCGUUCAAAUAGAAGUGAAGUUAAGAUGAAAAAAAUUUAAUAUUUGAAAUUUAGCAAUGAUUGUUAACA